AGAGAGAGAGAGAAAGAGAGAGAGAGAGUGAGAGAGAGAUAGAGAGUGAGAGCGAGUGAGAGAGGCGCGGGAAGGGACGCCAAGGAGAGGCACAGUGGUGGCCGUCCUCUCGCCAGGCCUCAUGUCUAGCACACCGAGAUAACUAGUCGCCAAGGAUCGCAGUCAUGGAGGAGUUACUGUCGCUGAAGUGGAAUAACCACCGAACCACUUUCAUCCACAUACUGGGGGUUCUCAGGGACAAGCAAGCGUACACAGAUGUGACUCUAGCAUGUGAUGGCAAAUUCUACAGUGUGCACAAGUUGGUGCUCUCAACAUGCAGUGAUUAUUUUUGUGCCAUGUUUGACAAAACUGCUUGUAAGAGCCCUGUUAUAGUGUUGAAAGACAUUAAAAGUGAGGACCUAGAGGCCUUGCUAGAUUAUAUGUACCUUGGUGAAGUGAAUGUGAGACAGAGUGACUUGGCGUCUUUGAUAAAGGCGGCGGAAAACCUUAGAAUCAAGGGCCUUGCAGUACCUGAUGAUGAACCUCCCAACAAAAACAGUGGAGGUGCACAACCUUCUAGGGCAGAGCCAAGGAGGGAUGGAGGGAGUGGUAGCCCUCCAGCCAAGAGGAAACGAAGGGAAGAGGUGGAGGAUGGGCGGGAGGAUGUGAGACCUCCUCCUGCCCAACCUGGUAGCCUCCACACGCCCCCACCUUCCAGACCAAAGAGCCCUGUUAGUCAGCGGCUGAGCCCCUCCCCACACAGAACCUCUCAGGAGUCCCCAGCGACUGAAGAUCGUACCAGCCGUCCCCUUUCCUCACCGGCGGAGGCCGCAGCAGGCCCCCACACAGCCUCCCAACCUCCUGGCCAGUCUGCGGUAGGCCAGUCAGUCUCCAAUCAGUACCGGUCUGACGACACGCCCUCCUUUGUGAAGGUGGAGAUGGAGGAAGACCACACAGAGGACCUUCAGGGGGACUCAUACAACCUGGGUCCUGAUGGCUACAAGGAAGAGGGGGAUGACUCGGGUGGCACCAUGAAUAAUGAUUUACCAGAGUUCCUACAAGCGGCAGCCUCGGGCUCAUUGGCCAGCAGCUCCGCCUCCUUUCCUCACCCCUCCUUUGCAGGGCCAUCUGGCUACCAGCCGGGUGACCUGGCUGGGUGGCAGGGUGAUGGCUCCUCCAUAGGGUUUCCUCCUCAUCUUAACUUUAGCACCUCAGAAAGUUCUAGUCAACAGAAUGCACCUGGGGGGCUGAUGGCAGCGCAGGCAGGGCUGGUGGGCGUGGUCACACCCCCAUCUGGGCCAGGCAUGGCUACUUGUCCCAUUUGUAGGCGAGAUUUCCGAGGGCCAUACCAUUCUACCCUCCUCAGGCGCCACAUGCGGACCCACACUGGGGAGAAACCCUACGGCUGUCCUCACUGUCCUUACCGUGCCAACAUCUCGAGCAACCUCACUCGACACAUGCGUUCCCGUCACCCAGAGAGCCCAAGUCUGCUGCGGCCACACUCCCAUAUUCACCACCACCAUCACCACCAUCAACAGCAACAGCAUAACCAAGAGCCCUCAGGGCUACACAGAGAGCUACAUCACAGCCUUCCAGAACCAACUGGAGAAACCUGACUUACAUAGAUUUAUAUAAGCAUACAUUAUCUGCAUUUCACUGUGUCAAAGUGCAGCAUCAGAUAUUUUACACCAAAAUACACUUGAAUAAAAUCAUACAGUUAUUAUGAUUAUAGACAGUGAAGCAUUUGUUUUUAUUAUGCAUAGAAUUUUUAAGAAAAUUACAUUGCAAGAUACUUUUUACCUUUGGUUGUGUGAGAGGAGGCUUCGUAUUGCUCAUUACUAACAGUAUGCACAUCAGUAUUUUGGCUAGCAGUGCAGGAAAUAUCAUUAUUGCCAGCUCUUGCUGCACCUUACUGGGACUAUUUCAGUAUAGAUAAUGCUGGAAACUAACUGCAAAAGUAUACCUCAAGGUUGCUCUUCCAGGACAUGUUCUAGUGAAAUCUAUCAGUAGUUUGAGUUGAUGUGUACACAUAUACCAAGUAUGCAACUCAAAAUAUGCAUUUGCUUCUGUGGUAAAUUAUGUAGACAUAAACCUGUUCAAUUCUUUGAAUUUUUGAAAUAUACACUAUAAAUUGAACAAAGAGACAUUGGUAAUGCCUUAUAAACAGAAAACUAGAAAAGCUGUGAGUCUGUGUUAUUUGUAAACAGAUAAAAAAAAUGUUCAUCUGUGAUGAAUGUAAGAUCAUGGAAAUUGCUUUUCCCUGACUUUUGUUAUGUUGCAGCAUAACACACAGUUGUACAAACUGUAGAUUGAUAUUAUCUCUGAUUCAUUGGUUUUGCUGUUGAAAUAAUCACCUUUUUUAUAAAGGUUUAGUUACCUGAUGUUUUUAUUGACGUGUUCAAGUGAACUCAUCAAUAUAUGUGGAACUUAUUUUUCCUUCAGUCUCAACAAUGAGUUGAAGGUCUUUCUGAUGCAACAUGGCUUAGAAAAUACAAAUCAUAACUCAGUUGUCUUCUCAAGAAUAGGAUAAGAAAGGAUUUGCAAGCCAUGAAUUUUCCUUUAUCCACUGUGUGGUUAUUGCUUAAUGGUGCUCAUCCUCAGAACCUGCAGGUUUGGCUGGAUUCUGACAGUACAAGAUUUUCUGCUGGUUUAAAAGUCUGAAAGUCUUUGAUUUUGGUUAAUUUAUGGUCUUGUAAAUCUUGUAGUGUUAUUGGUGAGGCUUGGCUACAGGGUGGUGGUUGCUGUGGUGGUCCAGUGCUGACAGCAUUGUGUGUUGCAGGGGGACGGGUCCGUCAUGUGUCCGCUGUGCAGGAAGAGGUUCCAGGGUCCCAACCGCCAGUACGUGCUGACUCGCCACCUGUCCACCACGCACGCUCUGGAAAAACCCUACCACUGUCCACACUGCCCCUACCGUGCUGCCCGCAGAGACCAUGUGUCCCGUCAUGUGAAGAUGGUGCACACCCCCAGGCUGCAUGCUCUGGCUGCUGCUGCCACACUAGCCACACUGCCUCACCAGCUGCAGGAAGAGAUCCAGCAGCUUCACCUGGCUGGCGAAUCUCAGCUACAGCAGCAGCAGCAACAUCAGCUACAACAGCAACAGCAACAACAGCAUGAUAUUCCUGAAAUCCAGCAACAGAAUGAAUAAUUUGAAACCUUUUGUACACGGACUGACUCUGGAUGUACAUUGCAUAUGUGGGCAUGUGAGGGAUGGAUGUUAUGGGAGCAGUGGUGCUUUUCUGAGUUGCUGAGCAUCAUGCUGUGGUGCUGUCAUGAUGCAUUUGAUGUGUACAUCAAAGAGAGAAAACUCCUUUUAAUUUUCAGCAGUCUGACAGACUUUAUUUUUGUUUAACAUUGAGGUGUGAUUGGGUGCCCUGCUUACUGUGAGACUGAUGAAGUGUGUUGUUACAGGCAAGUGUUGGCGGGAACACUUGGAGCCCUUCGCUGGUGGCACCCCUGCAGGAAGUGGCUGGGCAGGAGGGCAGCGCCUCAUGCACAGUGUGCGGUAAAGCAUUCAAGGGCCAUAAGUUCAAGUUUCGUCUGCGCCGCCACAUGAUAAUCCAUACUGGGGAAAAGCCAUUUGCCUGCCCUUACUGUCCUCACAGAGCAAAUAUUCGCAAUAAUCUGACACGUCAUAUAUUUUUCCAGCAUGGUGUUGGGGUUCCUACUAUAGGCUCCCAGCCCUCUCCCCCUGUUCCUGUGACUGCCUCAUUCACACAGGGAGGAAGGGAUGAGUGCUUUAAUGUAGAUCAAGACUCAAAAGAUAUGCAAGUCAACUUAUUAAAUUUUUCACCAUAGACACAGUAGUAUCAUAGUAAAAAGCAUCACAUGAAAGCCUCAGGCAGUGAUGAGGGGAUACAAAUCCUCACAAUCCUUACCAUAGAUAGAAUUGCUAGUGAUAUCAUUUGCAUCAAAUGAAUGGUGACAGAAGUCUUACUGUCUUCCAGAGGUCAUCCCUCUACAGUCUUUGGAGCAGAGCUCUGCACCCAAAGAAGACAGAACCUUCCUUGAGCACUGGCAUCUUUCCUUCUCAGCAGCCUCCCUUAUUGCCCACCUCAGGUGAUCCUUCAGCACGAGAGGCUUUCAUGGAGUGUGAGGUGUGUGGUAAGGUGUUCAGCGGGCCAAAGAGACGUUUCUUAAUGGAACGUCAUGUGCGGACCCACACAGGAGAGAAGCCAUACUGCUGUCCACACUGCCACCUCAGGUUCAGCCAAAGUGGGAAUUUAUCACGACACACACGGUUGGUCCACCAACCAGCUACUCAAACCCUGAGUUCAGGGGCUCCAUAGCCUCUUGCAACACACUGAGAUUGAUUUAUUCCUGGGAGAUGGAAGUCUACAUACCCUUCCAUAUCAGCUCAACCUUGCUUGUUGACUGAUUGUCAGUAUUUUCCUUUCUUUUCCUUCAUGUCAGUAUUUACAUUUUUCUUUUCCCUUUUUUUCUUUUUUCAAGGGAAGAGCUCAUUAGAACAUUAUCAAAAUAAAAAUAACAUAAUUUUGUAUUAUUUUCUUGUUGAAUUGUACAAACUAGUUAUACUUGGAUGUAAAAAUUCUGUGCAAAUAUGUAACAAUGUAUUGUGUUAAGUAGAAAUAAACAUUGGUAUUUGUGCAAA